AUGCUUUGGGGCAUGGCCAAAAAAAACAAAAAAGGACGGAAGUAUAUCUCUCUAUUUGGAAAUACCAACGAACGCACCACAGAACAAAAGACAUUUAGAUCUGUGUCUCAAAGGAUAAGUAGGAGUCUCCCAGACAGAGCUAUCGGCUGUACUCUGAACUGCAGCUGCCAAAGCUUCAAACCAGGGAAGAUCAACCACCGUCAGUGUGAGCAGUGCAGACAUGGAUGGGUGGCGCAUGCUCUGAGUAAGCUGAGGAUCCCCGCCGUGUACCCCACAAGCCAGGUGGAGAUCGUCCAGUCCAACGUGGUGUUCGACAUCAGCAGCCUCAUGCUGUAUGGGACCCAGGCCAUCCCUGUCCGCCUGAAGAUCCUUCUGGACCGGCUCUUCAGUGUGCUGAAGCAAGACGAAGUCCUCCAGAUCCUGCACGCCUUGGAUUGGACCCUCCAGGAUUACAUCCGAGGAUACGUGCUGCAGGAUGCCUCGGGAAAAGUGCUGGAUCACUGGAGCAUCAUGACCAGUGAGGAGGAGGUGGCCACCUUACAGCAGUUCCUUCGUUUUGGAGAGACCAAGUCCAUAGUUGAGCUCAUGGCAAUUCAGGAGAAAGAAGAGCAGUCUGUUGUCAUCCCACCUUCCACGGCCAGCGUCGACAUCAGGGCUUUCAUCGAGAGCUGCAGCCACCGGAGUGCCGGCCUCCCCGCUCCCGUGGACAGAGGAAGCCCCAGCAGCGUCCACCCCUUUGAGAACCUCAUUAACAACAUGACCUUCAUGCUGCCUUUCCAGUUCUUCAACCCCUUGCCCCCAGCACUGAUAGGGUCACUCCCCGACCCCUAUGUGCUGGAGCAGAGUCAAGACCAAAGCCAGGACCCCAAACAGGAAGUCCACGGAGCCUUCCCUGACAGCAGCUUCCUCACUUCCAGUUCCACCCCAUUUCAGGUUGAAAAAGAUCCGUGUCUCAACUGUCCCAAUGCUGUCACCAAAAAGGAAGACAGCACCCACUUCAGCGACUCCAGCUCAUACAGCAUCAUCACGAAGCUCGAAAGGACACAGCUGUCCCCCGAGGCCAAAGUGAAGCCCGAGAGGAGCAGCCUCGGCACAAAGAAGGGCCGGGUGUUCUGCACGGCGUGUGAAAAGACCUUCUAUGACAAGGGCACGCUGAAGAUCCACUACAACGCCGUGCACCUGAAGAUCAAGCACAAGUGCACCAUCGAAGGCUGCAACAUGGUGUUCAGCUCCCUGAGGAGCCGCAACCGCCACAGCGCCAACCCCAACCCCCGGCUGCACAUGCCCAUGAACAGAAACAACAGGGACAAAGACCUGAGGGGCGGCCUGACCCUGGCUGCCUCGGAGAGCGCGAAGCGCCCAGGCCUCGGGGUGACUCCUCCAGACUGCCGGCCUCUCCCUGGCUACGCUGGGGCCCUGGAAGACCCCCAGAGCCAGCCAACCUUCCCAAGCCUCAGCCACAAUGGGGUGCUCUUCCCCAACCUGAAGACUGUCCAGCCAGUCCUGCCUUUCUACCGCAGCCCAGCCACUCCAGCCGAGCUGGCCAACACCCCUGGGAUGCUGCCCUCCCUCCCUCUGCUGUCCUCGUCCAUCCCGGAACAGCUGGCUUCCAAUGAAACACCAUUUGACACCCUGCCCAAGAAGAAAUCCCGCAAGUCCAGUAUGCCCAUCAAAAUAGAGAAGGAGGCCGUGGAGACAGCAGAUGAGAAGAGGCAGCCUCUGAGCUCUGAUGAAGACAUGCCCCUGCAGGUGGUCAGCGAAGACGAGCUGGAGACCUGCAGCCCCCAGUCAGACGGAGCCCCAGAGGAGCCGCACACGCCAGCAGGAAGCUCCGAGAGGCCUCACGUUGAGGAAGAGAGGCCCUGCUAUCUCGGGCCAGGAAUUGAGUCCAGUGGAGCCAUCCGCCAGACUCCUGAGCAGGCCACACACACCUCGGAGAGGGAGACUGGGCAGAAGUCAGCGUUGAACACCGUGCCACGGGACACGGAGGACGAUGGCCGGGAACCUCACCUCACCACCAGGGUGGAGCCCUGCGUGCCUUUUCCCGACUAUAUCAAACUGCAGCAGCACCUGCUGGCUGGGGGGCUCUUUGGUGCCUUGUCCACCCAAGGAAUGGCUUUCCCUUGUUUCGAAGAUUCCAAAGAGCCGGAGCACUUGGGUCAGCCAGCAUCAGUGAGGUCGAAGGACGAGAAUCGCUUCCAGUGUGACAUCUGCAAGAAGACCUUUAAAAAUGCUUGCGGCGUUAAGAUGCAUCAGAAAAACAUGCACGCCCGGGAAAUGCACACAUGCACAGUGGAGGGCUGCAAGGCCACUUUCCCCUCCCGCAGGAGCAGGGACAGACACAGUUCAAACCUAAACCUCCACCAGAAAGUAUUGCCCCAAGAAGCUCUGGAGAGCAGUGAAGACCCCUUCCGGGCAGCUUACCUCCUGAAAGACACAGCCCAGGAGGCCUACCAGGAGGCCUUCACACCGCAAGCCUCCCAGACGUCUGUCAUCUUCAAGGGGAUGAGCCGGAUGGGCGGUCUGGUAUACCCGCUAGCCCAGGUCCACAGCACCGGCCUACAGAGCUACGCCUCUGGUCUGCCCAGCGAGGGCACUGUCUUGGAUCUGAGCACUACCUCGAGCGUGAAGUCGGAGAGCAGCAGCCACUCCUCUUGGGACUCAGACGGGGCCAGCGAAGAGGGCACUGUGCUCACAGAGGACUGCGACGGCAACUGUGAUGGGCCAGGCCUGGUGCCCGGGGAGGACUACCCACUCUGCGUCCUGAUGGGGAAGGCUGACCAGAGCCUUGCCAGCUUGCCUUCUGGGCUGCCCCUGACCUGUCACCUCUGUCAGAAGACAUACAGCAAUAAGGGGACCUUCCGGGCCCACUACAAGACCGUGCACCUCCGCCAGCUGCACAAAUGCAAGGUCCCCGGCUGCAACACCAUGUUCUCGUCUGUCCGCAGUCGGAACAGACACAGCCAGAACCCCAAUCUGCACAGAAGCCUCACCUCCUCUCCCAGUCACCUGCGGUAA